GAUUUACGUGAAUAUGAAAGAUAGAUUGUAAAUUGUGAAGAUAAAUCUAAAAACACUCCACCUUAAUUAACUGGUGAAUACUUGUUCAAUCUGAUAUAUUCUUAAAAAGUGAUAGUUGUUUGUUUUUGGAUGAAGUCAACUUUCCGUAUUGCAAAAUACGGAACAUCAAACAGAAAGUAGCAAAUUAUUUCGACAUGAACGGCGGUCACUUCCUGGUUCAUCUCAAUCAUGCAAACGCUUGGUUGUUUUCAAACUAAAAUCUCUUGCUUGUACAAGUUGUUGGCUCAAAAUAUAUUAUCUUUACGUAGGCAGGAAUGUAAACUAUUUAACUUAACCUUUUGGUAAUUAAUUCGUUGCGAAGAGCUGUUUUAGUAAAAUAAAAUUUAGUUUGCAUUUGAUAGUAUCGCAGUUAUUUAACAAAAAUAUACGCGCAACUAAGUCAAGAGAAGCUUGGCAUUGGAGAUGUGCACGUAACUUCGAAUAUUCCAAAUUCGGAUACGUGUUAAUAAAACAAAUAAAUCAUGAAUUUAGCCGUAGAUCCAGAUCGUAAGCGGAAAAGAACAAAUAGUGGCACAAAAUCUCUUACAUCUCAACAUGUAACCGAGAACCUUCAAUGCUAUGGAGAGAUUAUUCUUCACUGCGUUGUUCACAUCACAAAAGGAAUCCGCAAAUCUGGGAACACUAUUGUACUCAAGUACAUCUGUGCACUCCUCAACUCUGGCGGAGGAAUCCUGCACAUGAGAAACAUUGAUGCUCAGAGAGGCCCAGUGUUGUCCAAGCACCUGGACAUGUGGUGGAGUGGCAUGGAGGUCAAGAUGGCUGAGAUCCUCUCUCGUGACGACAUCUGCAACUACUUUGACCUUGUGGGUAACCAUGACGACACUGACCUCUACCUGUUUGUCAAGACUGCAGAACACCUCUGCACCCUGAAAUACCAUUGUAUACUUCCCACAGACACAGCGACCCACAAUGUGACGUACCAGUCCCUGAUGCGACUUCUGGUUGAGCAUGGUGAUGCAGGUAGGCUGGAGGAGUUACCUCCCAUACCAGACAGGUUCGUGCACGGCCGAUCAGCUGAGGAGCUGAAGAAGGAGACCAAACAAAUCCAGUUCAAGCAGCUUGCAACGACCUUCAACAGACAGAGCGGUAGGAGUAACUUACCAGAGAGAGUCUGUGGCCUCAUGAUCAAGUAUGUGUCAGCCUUCGCCAACCAUGAGGGCGGCCAUAUCUACUUCGGCAUUGCAGACACCAGAGCAUCAGUUUUUGGAGAGGAAAUGUCACUAACUGACCAGAGACAUUUGGAACAACUGAUUGCUACCAAAAUGCGAGACAUGAUUUGGGUGGACACAGGUGUUGUGCCGCAGAGAGGAGUACACUGGGAUAUACGGUUUUACCCAGUUGAAAAUGUACCCAAACAGGGCUCAAGAGUGGUGAUUGUGGUGUCUGUAGUGAAGUUCCCUGGUGGAGUAUUCACUUCUUGUCCAGUCAGCACAUUUGUGAGUGCAGGGGGUGGCGUGGAGGAGUUCUCAUUCACAAAGUGGAAGGAAGCCAUUAUGAACCCUCUCAGAGAUGUUCCAGAGUUACAUAAUCGGUUCCAAAAACUGUCAUUGAUGGUUCCAAGAGCCAGACUUGUUUUCACAUUGCCAGACACAGUCAGCACAAUAAUACAGAAAGUGCUGUUGGGAAAAACAGAUUGCUGCCCCCAGCCUCGUCAGUACAUUGAAAGCUACGCCAGCCCACAGUACAGGGAGGCAAUUAGGAGCGUUCUCAGUUAUUUUAAGGGAAGUAACACCGUAUGUAUUGGAAUGGAGUGCUGGGGACUGAAGAUUCCGAUGUCCGAUUGCCCAGAAAUCAUAUGCGAUGUUGCUGUGGUGACCGAGAUAGACAAUGUGCACGUCCUCACUCUAGUAACGGCCUGGUCAGAAAUGGCCAGCAAGCACUCUCAGACGGCAGGGGCCAUGUUGAAGAAUAGGCUGGUCCAAUAUGGCGGGUGCACUGAAAAGAUCAGUGUCAUUUGCCAAGUUUUGGAUAUCACUCAGCCGAAUGUUCGAGAGGUACUCGAGCAUCAGAUGUCUCUUAGAGACAUCUACCCGUCUCACUUCUCCUCUGGCAGCAAGCGGAAAUUUGACAAACUGUUGAACUCUAUUGCCAUUUGCAUGGGGUCAUACAUGGCAAAAUCUCAGCUGCUUCAGCCUCAGUGUGUGACUCAGACUGGGAACUACUAUUUUCUGCUGACUCAUGAUCAGUUUGAGUUGCUAUGGACGCAGCAGUUCACCAAGGAAUUGUGGGUACACGGACCGGCAGGGGCGGGCAAGACAGUGGCUGCUAUGCAGAUGAUACAGGAACUGAGGCAGCGGGGCACAAACUUGGAGAACAUUCUGUACCUGGCUGAGAAUGAAAAACUCUGUGAAUUUGUCAGAUCAUGCAACCUGUGUUUGGUGAUGACAAGGAGAGAGCUGAUGGCAGAUGCCCAGGAUGCAAGUCUGAUGGCCCAAAAGUACGGUCUGGUCUGCAACGUAAUUGUGGAUGAGGUGCAGAAUUUUAAAGACUGGGACGGGGAUUGGUACAGCCUCGCACAAAAAUUGGCCAAUCAGAACACAGCAGGAAAGCUGCAGCGCUGUAGCAACUAUUUCUGGCUGUUUAUGGACUACUCGCAAAAGGUGCACAAAUUCAAGGCCGGCUUGCCAUCUGUUAUCGGCAAGAACAACUUCAUGCUUAGCGAGGUCAGUCGUAGUACGAAGGAGAUAUUUGACUUCACAUCUCGCCUGAUGAUGGCCUCAGAACAUGUGGAGGGAGUCAUGAAUCCGGCACUCCAGUCUGUACUCAGUCAGCCAAAAUUGGCUCACAACUUCUCCUCAGGAAAAGGUGUUGAUAUUCUGUCAUGCAAGGAUUCAGAGAUCAAGCUGAUGCUAUCGAAGGUAUUGUCAGGACUCCUACAGAGUGGAUUCCGCCAAGAGGACAUUGCAGUACUGGUGGGUAAGAGAAAUGAACUCAGUCAUAUACAGCAGGAGUUGUCGUCCUUGGAGCUUGAUGAGCAGAAAGUGGAAGAAAGAAACCAAAAGCAGGAGCAAAUGACCACAAGGAGGUCAGUUGAAGAGUAUCUGCAGAAGUGUGGAUCAAGGGAGAGCAUCAUUAAGCACAAACGUAAAGAAGAGGUCACACCAGGGGCAGCUGAUCUGUCGCCGAUCUCUGAAACAAGCAGAUCUAUGUCCCUGGAAGAUGUUUCUGAAGACAGCUUGGAUGACUACUUGGAAAUCAGCAGCCCCUCUGAAGCUCUAGUCCAUCAAGGGUCCACUGGCAGUUUCCUUGACGACGAAUCUGUUGCUAUGGAAACAGCAGAUGAUGCCAGUUUGGGUAGCAACAAGCCAAAGUUCUAUUACCAGGACUCCGUUUCUGAAUCUGGCACCAUGGAUGGGUGCAUUGCAAAUGCUGAGGGUAAAGCCAUGUUCACCAAGCAGGAAUCUGUGGCCUCAGACUAUGGUGGCGUUGCCAUAGAUACUGUGCGCCGGUUCAGCGGUCUCGACAAGGCUGCGGUGAUUGGUGUGAACCCAUUUGUAAAUGAGGAACAUGCUGACCUUACUAAGUUCUUGUUGAGUCUUGCUAGCAGAGCGAAAGAUAACCUAAUAAUCAUAACAACCUCUGAUAAUGUGAAAGAAAAGCUGGAUAAAAUUCUGUCAUAAGACCAAUAGUUUUACAGAAAAACAUGAACUUUACUAGACAUGUGAUUUCACAUAUAUAUAUAUAUAUAUAUAUAUUUACCUCAAAACAUGUUUUCCUGUUUAUUUCGCUGGUAGAAUAGUAUUGUAGUGUUACAGUAUUGUGGCAGAGUUUUAAAUAGGCUAGAAAUAAUAAUGAUGUUGUUUACAUUUAUUAUUGAGACCUUGUUUUAUUAUUAGUGGGAAACUAAUAGGAAGAAUAUGGAUUUAUCGUGUCCAUCCAAAAUAGCCACAUGCACAUAUUAUUUUAUGAUUAUUAAAAUUAAAAAACAAACAAAAGUAAUGUGCUUUUUGUAUUAACCAACCAUUUCAUAGAAACAAGCAAUAAUUUGCUUAUAUGCAAAUUACUUUAAAUAUAUAAUUGACAGGUUGGGACCACAAGAAAUAGUUGGCUAAUAUGCAAGUUACUUUAAAUUUUACGUGAUAAUUUUCAGUUAUGGACCACAUGCUCUGAUUAUGGGUAGCUGUUAUUGCAUGUUGAUUUUAAUAUGAUUUACAUUUGUGGACCAAGAAUGAUGAUCAGCUAUUAUUGCAAGUUAAUUCAAAUUUUAUUUACAUUUGCAGACCAUGAGGGAUUAUAAACUACAAUUUCAAGUUAAUUUGGCAUGAUUUAAAUGUGCAGACACUUCAUUUUGGCCAGUUGGCUAUGGAUGAAGCUGGCUUUUUUCACAAAAUUGUAACAGCUGUGCUCCCAACUUGCAGAUUUUAUGCAUCUACAACAGCGUAAAACAUUUGCAUUUAAUGAUUAUGUAAAAUCUUGAAUAUAGAGAAUAAUAGGUUAGUGUUGAUUAUAGAUCAGGUUUAUCAUGCGAGGCUUAGAAAACAAAAACAUGAGCCUUGGCGAGUGCUUUUUCGUUUUCGUGCCGAGCAUGAUAAACCUGAUCUAUAAUCAACACUAACCUAUUAUUCUAUUUAUCCCACUUUUUAUUCAGUUAACCUUUUUAUUUAAACAAAUUAGUUAAACUGGAUGAUUUUCGCGUUUUCAUGAGUGUUUGACGUACUUUGACAAUGACUGUAGUGUAACAAAGGUCAGUGUAUUACUCCACGUUCCAAAAAUAACCGCUGAUCAAAUAAUCAUUUUUUUAAAUCAAAAUAUCGUUCUGUGACAAAGAGUCGUGCGUUAUUAAUUACAAUUUUAUUCAUAUUGAAUUACAAAUCUAAAAGUUUUAUAACAUCAAUAUAACAUUUAGUUAUUAUAUACAAGAGAAUACAUUUGAUUACAACGCAGCCCAACAACGUAGCACGUGCUGUUGAUUAUAGAUGAAAUUUAAUCAACGUGGCUUUAAUCAACCGAAUUCGCUGUAAAAGUGGGAUAAAAUAGUUUAGAGUAGGCUCUUUGUAUUACUUGUGAGUUCAUAUAUAUUUUAUACUGAGUACAUUUAACAUUCAUGUACUAUUUAUAAGAAACAUGUCGUAAUGAGUAAGGGCAUUUACUUUUUGUUUUCUGUUAGAAAUCUUUUGUUUUGUUUUAUCAAAUUUUAUUUAAUUGUGUAUCAUCUAAUACGAAAUAAACUUUAUUUCUGUAAUAUCCUUAUUUCACUAGUAUAUUGUGUUACUGAUGCAAUUCUGUUUAAUAUAUUUGAUUUAUAAUGUCAUUAUUAAUGUGACCCGUGAUUGGUUUAAUAAACAAUUCUUAUUCUUUGCAUAAUAUGUAAUUUUAUAGCAAGAAGGCAACCUUUUGAGUAUACAUAUAGAUCUACAUUCUUGUAUCUGUAUGUAUAGAUGUUUGUACUACUAGUAUUUGAUUUUUAGAUGUGUGUAUUAUUUUGAUUUUAAGAAAUGUAUAUAUUACAUUUGUAUAAGUUUGGCAGUUUAGUAAUUUUAUUGUUUUAUCUGGGUUUUUUUCAGUUAUUUUGUAUCUUCUUUUGCGAUUUUUGAUAAGAGUUUCUGAGAGAUUAUUUUGUAAUUUUAGGUGUUUGUAUAGACACAACAAAUAUUGUAAUUAACCAAAUGGACAUUGUCAUAAUGUAGGGCAAUGACAUCUUUAAACAUCAAAUACUUUAUUCUGUAUAUCCCUCCUACCUCUUCCACUCUGAUUUUGCAUAAUCCCUGAGUAGUAUAGUAUAACAUUUGUUUACCAAGAUUUUGUAUUAGUCAUCAUCAUUACAUACAAGCUUGAUUCAGACUUUCUGGAACAAAAAGUGCACAUUUUCACAGUUUUUGUUCUACUAAUAAGUGCCAUAAACUGGGUUUCUCAUAAAAGUGUUUAAGUCUUUGUCUCUUGUUGCAUGAAUUGAUGUAUUAUUUCAUAUGUAUGUUAUUUUUUUAUGUUACUAUAUCAUACAUAUCACAAUUGGCCUGCGUAAUGAUAAAAAAGGUCUUAUGCCAUAUGCUGGGUUCAUAGCUAUUACGCAGUAUGGUGAACCCCAAAUGGGUCAGGCGAGCCAAGCUGUCCGCUACUAAGGGAUACAAUGUUUUGUGGUCUAGAUUUAAGCUGGCCGAAUAUGGAUUAAGACCGAUUUCCGCAUGACGCAGAUAAAUAAUUAUGUGUAUUAUUAUUAUAUUUCGACAUAUCAUGUCAUUUGCUUAUAUUAAUAUACACAACUUGUUUUUAUUUGGAACACAACACUCAUCAGUUUGUUUAAAAAUUUGUUUGCUAUUAGAUUUUUGUCAAAAUUGUAACUUUGUUAGUCUUUUUAUUUUUCAUCCAACCAGUUUAGUAGCACAUGUAUGGUAAAAUUUACACAAUUGAAACCUAGUAUUGUUUAAUACCUUUAGAAGUUCAUUGUAGUUUUGUUUAUAGUGAUGUAAUAAAAUAUAAUUCUUU